AUGCGUGUCUCAUUCGCUACUACGGUGGUAGCGAGCACUCUCAUUCCACUGACACAGUCACUCACUUUCACCAGCACAGGCCAGACCGUAGAGUUGGACGGGAUCUCGUAUUACAUACCAGGCUCGCCAGUUGCCAAACUACCAUCUCGACCAUGGUUCGGCAAAGCUUCCAUCUCACCGCUCACAGUCAUCGGCAGCAAUGGCUCAGCGCAUACCCUGGCGGACCUGAAUACUGUCAUCGAAUCAUACAAAUCGACCGAUGAUGUUUUCUCAGAAGGCUUCCUUGAGACAGUGUACGUCCAGAGUACCGGCCUCGGCAGCCACAAUGCCAGCCUCUCAAACUACGGCAACUCUACAAUGUUUACUGGCUCCACCUCUAUACCACCAGGACCGUAUUUCAUGUCUUCGACUGGCGAGGUUUUCCAAGCAUGGAGACUGUAUAGCGACUUUGCCGGUGCUUUCUUGGAACCACUGGUGUCCAGCGGUGAUGGUACCUACAGCGUACUCUCCGCCGGAAUAGCCGGACAGUCACUGGCAGUUGCUGUGCCUUCUCGGCUCUACUACACGAAAACGACGGAGAAGCCACUGGCUGGAGUACGUCUUGGUAUCAAGGACAUCUACGACAUUGCAGGUGCCAGAACAAGUAAUGGAAAUAGAGCCUGGUAUCACCUGUAUGCUCCAGCCACUGAGCACGCUACUCCUGUCAAGAGACUGGUCGAUGCUGGAGCGAUCAUUGUUGGCAAAAUGAAGACCUCUCAGUUUGCGAACGGUGAGGAGGCAACUGAAGAUUGGGUCGAUUAUCACAGCCCGUUCAACCCUAGAGGAGACGUGAGUAGAUGUUCCAUUUCUCAAGACGUGUCUCAAGUACGGCGUUGACCAGUUGCAAUAUUUGUAGGGAUAUCAAGAUCCUUCCUCGUCAUCGUCUGGACCGGGCGCUGGAGCAGGUAGCUACCCUUGGCUUGACUUGACCCUUGGCAGCGACACGGGAGGCUCCAUUCGAGGUCCUUCUCAAGUCCAAGGGCUGUACGGCAACCGACCCACUCACGAUCUUGUGACGCUGGAGAACACUAUGCCUCUUGCGCCUGAAUUGGACACAUCCGGUUUCUUAACCAAAGAUCCGAUCCUUUGGGCGGAUGCCGCCAAAGUACUCUACGGUGAGAACAUCACUAUCUCGCACAAGUACCCUAAGCGAAUUAUGACCUACGACUUCCCUACCAACGUCUCUGAGAAUGGGGACCAGCUUCUUCUGGACUUUAUCGGGAACCUGAGCUCGUUUCUCGGCGCCGAGGUCACGACCUUCGACAUAAACGCAGCCUGGAACAGCACUCACCAGGCGAACACCACCUCCAGCCUGGAUAGUUUGCUCAAUCUGACCUACGCAAUUCUCAUCUCCCAGCGUCAAACAGUUCUGGUGCGAGACCCAUUCUAUGCCGAUUAUGCAGCGGCCCACGACGGCAGACGGCCCUUUGUGGACCCUGCACCGCUUGCCAGAUGGGCUUUUGGUGAUUCAUAUCCGAACACAACAGCAGACUUGGCAGUCUACAACAAGACCGUCUUCCAGGAAUGGGUCUCCAGCGAGGUUCUGAAGCCCGAUAAUCUAACCUGCAGCGAUUCUCUGCUGUUCUAUGUUGGAUCGGAAGCAGAUGUCAACUACCGAAACCAAUAUGGUGAUCCUCCUGUGCCACCGACCGGUUUCGACAUUUCGAGAGUCAGCCCGUUCUGGGGCGGUCCAGACUUUGUCUUGCCUCGUAAGUCCACGAAACACAAUGGUUCAGAGUUUGGACGUGCUGACAGGUUGGUAGUCGGGUCGGCGGAAUACUACAGCAACAUUACUCUACAUAGCGAGUACCUACCCGUGACGGUCGACAUUUUGGCAGCGAAAGGAUGCGACGGUAUGAUCUUUGGGCUUGUACAAGAUCUUGUCAAGGCCGAUAUUUUGAAGCCUAGCGUUGCGGGAUAUAGCAAUACUGAAGGCGGUGAGGUGUUGUUCAAGAGGGACAAGCGAAAUGAUUGA